AUGCGGCGGCUAUGGCGGUGCUACCAGCAGUGCCUGGCCACGCACCCGGUGCGCACUCAGGUCGUCAGCUCCGGCAUCCUCUGGGGCCUCGGCGACAUCGGCGCCCAGGCCGUCACCCACUACUCCACCCGCCCCGACUGCCGCGGCCACGCCAGCAGCCCCCCUGAGGUAGCAGCAGCAACAGCCCCAAUCGGCCACCCUAUUACCGCUCCCUUCCCGGGUUGUGCCAGGGCAAGGUGCCUAGGGAGGGGGGAGACAGACGCAAGAAGGGUCAAGACGCAGUGGCGGCCAGAGGCGGCGACAGGCGGAGGGCGGACAGCAGCGUCACCGUGGAGGCCGUCAAGUCCGACGGAUUGGCGGCGUCGUCGGCUCCGCCCGAACACCGACUUCUGUGGUGCUGUUAGUGACAACUUAUAUGAAACUGAUAGUCCUCUUGUGACAAUACGUCAGACAUGGGAUAGGAGGUCUGAAUCGUCAGUGAUGUCUGAUGUCACUCCAUUUGGGGUGGUAUUGGAGCCUUUGUUUUGUGACUUAAGAGGAGAUAAAGAUAAUAAAGACAAUAAAGACUUUAAAGUUGAUUGGAGGAGGGUGGGCAUCACAAGCUCCUUCGGAUUUGCUUUUGUUGGUCCAGUUGGACAUUACUGGUAUGAAUACCUGGACCGCUUCAUCCGGCGGAGAUUUCAGCCUAAUACGUUCAAAUUUGUUGCCUCAAAAGUUGCCGCAGAUGGUUUCCUCUUUGGACCAUUAGACCUCCUCCUGUUCUUCUCAUAUGUUGGUCUUGGUCAAGGAAGGAGCGUAGAGCAGGUGAAGGAAGAUGUGAAAAGGGACUUCAUUCCCGCUCUGGUGUUAGGUGGAACCAUCUGGCCUGCUGUGCAAAUCGCAAACUUCCGCUUCAUCCCCGUGCGGUAUCAGCUCUUGUAUGUGAACUUGUUCUGUCUCUUGGACAGUUGCUUCUUGUCAUGGAUUGAGCAGCAGGGAGACGCUUCCUGGAAGCGGUGGUUCACGUCGUUCCAGAAAAUCGAAGACCAGAAGAGUAAGGUGCAGGUGAAGCAGAGCUUUAACCGUGAAAACACCUGCCGGGGAGUGCAGUCUAAACACCUGCCGAGAGCCAAUCUCAUUGCGUGA